CACCUCCACAUCCCCCAUCGUUCCGCCUUGCGCUCAAAGAAAGGAGUAACGCAAUCUUUCCCACCGUUUCGGAAACUGCACCCAUACGGACAAGUCAAUCUCGUACCCAUAGAAGCAACUCUCAGCAGCAAAAAUGUCAGGCCUGGAGCCGGUCGCGGCUCUGGGCCUCGCCUGCAACAUCUUGCAGGUCGUCGAAGUCGGGCUCAACACGAUCCGGGUCGCCAAGCAAGUGUACAGAGACGGUUCUCUCGACCCCGCGUUGACGGAAAACGCGAGUGCCCUCGAGAGCAUCUCGGGUCGAAUCCACGGGACGACGACGUCGAGGACAACUAUCCCCGUCACCACCGCCUCCUCCUCCACAGCACCUCCAUCGACACUAGGGAGCGCGAGCAGUGCCAGAUUGCUAGACAAGCAGCUAUCGGGGCUAGCUGAGAAGUGCCAGGGGGCUGCGCGCGAGUUGCGCGAAGAGGUCAACUUUCUCAACGGACAUCCCACAAGGGCAAAGCUCAUUGCGACUCUGAAAAUUACAGCCAAGACGGCAUGGCGGAAACGGCGAUUGGAAAGGCUAGAGGGGAAGCUGAAGGAUGCCCAAGGCGUUUUGCAGACGAGCCUCCUGGCCCGGGUAUACGAAAGACUGGAGCAGUCGAGCUGCGAGCUCUCGUCCCUUGAAGCGAACUUGAUGUCGUUUAUCGACGAAUAUCGCGCCGGGAAGACGGAGGUUUUGCAGCUUGUUUCCGCCGAGGCUGCCCAUACGAAAACCCACAUCACCACGGCGACGAUGGAAAGCGGAAAGGCAGUGAGCGAUCACAUCACCGAAAGGCUUGGUCAGCUCGAAACUCGGUUGAGAAGCGACGUUGGCCUUGUGGUUCGGAGCGGGGCGCAACGGGAUGACCAAGCCGGGCUCGUGGCCAAAAGGGAACGGCUUUUGCGAAGCCUCAAGUUCGAGCAUAUGAAUGAGCGCCGAAACGCAGUUGCACCUUCACACUCUGGUACCUUCUCCUGGGCUCUGCGAGACGGUAGCGAUGGCGACAAUUCCAGUGCCAUGGCGGGGACAGGGGAUAAAGAUGACAACACGGGAGACACGCCGCAUCCAGACAUAACCUGGGACCGAUUUUCCGACUGGCUCCGAUCCACCGCGCCGACAUACUGGAUCAGCGGAAAGCCUGGCUCAGGAAAGACAACGCUGAUGAAGUACCUUUUCAGCCACAGUCUCACAAGAACAUUUCUGGACCUCUGGAAGCCCGGCGUGGUGCUUGUGUCUCACUUCUUCUGGCGCCCCGGCAAAGAAAUGCAGCAGAGCAUCAAAGGAAUGAUAUGCUCUCUGCUCCACCAGCUUCUUUCAGAGGAGACGGAAUUCACGAACCAGCUUCUCCGAGGAGCCGAGUUCGCUGCCGUAUUGAGCAAAGACCAUGAAACAGACUGGUCGCCUGAAGAACUGCUUGCGACUUUCCACGCGGUGCUGAGCGACUAUCCAAAGCCGGUUACCAUUUUUCUUGAUGGUCUCGAUGAGGUGCUUCCUCACGACGGUACAUUGCGGCUUCUUGACGUUAUCGACCAGCUCAGACAGUUGGAUCCACAUACCCAAAAGUUCAAAAUGUGCCUGGGUUCACGCCGCGAGCCUCUCCUGCUAAGGAGGCUGUGCUCCAUUCCCCAACUCCGGCUCGAACAAAUCAACUUUUCCGAUUUGCACAAGUACGGCAUGGACAACAUCACUGUCCCGCCUGACUACUACAGCAUGAUCCUCUGCCACGACUGGGAAAACGACGGCGUCUCAUACUUCUUCCGGAACAGGAAACCACCGAGCUGCAAUGAUUUUCGGGACUGGCUUGUCGAUGAGCUCCUCUAUAAAGCUGAAGGCGUUUUCCUCUGGCUUUGUCUCACCGUCAAAGCAAUCACCAAAGCCAUUCACCAGGGCGAGACGGUCGGGGAUCUAACCCACCGGAUCAGGAAGCUGCCUACAGAUCUCGAGGAGCUGUACGCGGAUAUGUGGGCAAGAAUGGACACCGAAAGUGUUCCUAUCAGAAGCCGCGCCGGCUCCUACUUCCAGCUUGCCCUUGCCAGUAAUCCGGUUAAGGGCAUCUUUGCGCUCAUGUUUGCAACAGCGCCCACGAUCUCAGCUCAACUCUUGGGGUUCGAAACAACGGGGAUUCCUCCAGCAGCCUCUUUGAUAAGCGCUUGCGAAGCGACAAAGCGCGACAUCGAGAUUGCCUGUGCAGGACUUUUGGUAUGCGAGUUGCCUCUUGACACAUCAAAGAUGGUCUGGCGCUCCAACUCCGAGCUUGUGCCCUGGUACGGAGAGGAGUACGAUGCGUUGAUACCGUAUAUGCAAUCGAAAACCUUCUUCCUGCACCGAACCGCUGGGGACUUCCUCGUGGACACGGAGGCAGGGCAGCGCAUCCUUGCCUGCGGGAAAUUCCCCGGCGCGCUUCCAUACUGGAAGCGGAUCGAAUGUCUCCUGGUUAAAAGGCUUAUUAUGCGACAUAGAGGCUUCAGUGCUCGUGGACGCCAAAGCUCCGAUCGGGUUCAGCAGUUUUUGCAAUUGAUAUAUAGCCAACACGAAGGCUGGCAUGAAAACACCAACACCACAAUAUGCGCUACGCGGCCACGACUAGUACGUUUUUGCGAGAAGCUCUUCAACUCUAGCCAUAUCGGGAGCAAUGCUAUCGCCCCGGAGCGGUGUUUCUACCUCGAGCAGCAAAAUAGCAGGUCCUGGCCCAUAUAUUCUCAAGCAAUUGUCAGGCGUCAACACGAAUUUCUCCUCCAAAUGGCCCAGGCAGCUAUGCUAAAUGACGAGAUUUGGUGCGAAAUUUUGAGAGCCAUUACGACCCGGAAUCUCGACGAUGACACAGUAUCGGAACUUCUUGUCUACGGGUGCUCAUUAUAUUCCUAUGAGUACUUCUUCCGACUAUCAGCGAUUAAACGUAUUUUGGCUUUGGGAACAUCUUUGGCUUGGAAUGGGCCAUGUCAACUACAUUGGCUCAACGGCAAGGUUGAGGGAAACACCACAGCUUUUAAAGAGCUUAUACGAUCAAUUUGGGCCUACUCACUCAUCCACGACACCGAGGAAGUCCCGGAAGAGCUUUUGCGGCUCAUAUCACUUUUCCUUUCACGUGGAUGCAGCCUCAGGGAGGAGGUAUACAUUCAGGUUCAGUUGGAGAAUAAAGCUGGCCUCAUGAUCAGGGGACUAUUUGGACUCCUCAUAACCUCGCCUUUUCCAUGGAAAUUCAACGCGACGACACUGAUAAUCGCCUACCCAGCAGCGACACUGCUCGCUGGAGCUUUCCGGUUUUGGAGGCUGGAAGUUCCUGCAGAGCACGACUGGCUGAUCCAAAUGGAGGAGAACAAAAGAGGGGGACUUGAAAAUGGACAACUGAUCGCAAUUGCGUACCUUGGCACCUGUGGCCCAUCAUCUGAGUCGAUCUUGGACACACCCAACAUAUAUCCGGUGCCGCCCGGAGGUAAGCUGGAUAAAGAUCUGGCGAGUUUGGUAAAGAUGGUUGAACGGAAACUGAGAGAAUUCAGGCUGGAGGGGAAUAUUGAAGAGGAGUUCCCUCUUGAAAUUGCGCAAGGAGUGUUUCGCGCCGUGAAGCAGCUUCGAUCUGAAGAUGCGCUGGCGGUGAGCAGAAUCAUGAGGUUUCGGGAAAGGGUUGGCAUCUGGACGCCGUUCGAGGAGUGGCUGGAGCACAAGGAGUUGCCGCUAUGGGACGAGGAGUGAGGUGAAUACGGUGUCAGUUUCCGGCCGAGGAAGGAUAUGGAGGAGCUUUUCAAGAAUGGAUAGAGGGCGGGGGUGGGGGGAACGACCAUGGGAUUGCACAGCAUGGCUUCGCACACGCCUAGAUCAACCGCAUACUCACACCCCAAGACCCAUCAAGGCUGCAUGCCGCGCUACCUCCCCGAGGAGACUCAUAACUUGCAGAAAUGAUCCCCAGACCUCAGCGGUUGGCGCAGCCAGGCAGUCACCAUCUAUAGAUAUCCGUUUCUUACAUUACCAUGAGCAUGGCGAAUACCAUGCUUGCCACCGGCGCUCCUUUGGAAUGCAUUGAUAUCAAUGAGGAGGUGGAUCCCAGCCCUUGCUGCUCACAACUGAUAUUUAUAGCUUCUAUCAGAGGGAGAAGGGGAGAUCUCAUAUGAUUGGUUUUCUCUAUCAAGAAUAUCC